UUUGUUGCAAGAUGUAUGUGAGUAUCUAACUAUCUUGUACUAGAAAAUCAAAAUUGUAAAUUAUAGAAAUUGUAGACAACUAUAUUUAAUUUUUGUGAAUAACAUAUAAUAUCAUCUAAUUAUUGUAAGUUGACUGUGACAACCACGAUGGCUUCUGGUUACGAAAAAUCGGUUGCGAUCAAGUCCCACGUGAAUGAUAAAGACAACUUGAAUGAUGAUGAAGAUGGAGAAAUCAUUGACUUCGUAUUAUCCCUUGACUAUGAAAAAGAGCUCCAAGAACAACUGAUAGCCCAUAAUAAUGAAUCUGAUUUAUACUCGUAUAGAAAAUUAGUCAAGAAUUAUCUUCAAACCAAAAAUAAUCUAAUUAACCAUGAUAAUUUAACUAACCAUGACAAAGAUACGACAGCAAUGGCCGCAGCGGCUGCUGCUGCGGUUCAGCAACAAAGCCAGGGCCUCCAACAGCAUCCAUCUUCUGGUAUGGGACCUCCGCCUCUUCCACCGCCCGGUCAACCUGGAGCAGGGACAAAUCACUUUCCUCAAAACACCUAUUACCAAGAUCCAUUCGCGGCUCAAAUGGGACAUCUCAUUCCUGCGGGACCACCACCAACCAUGAUGCCACCUUAUUACGGCUUACCACCCUGGGGAAUGUAUCCAGGUAUGAUUCAAGGUGGCCAAGGCCAGCAUCCUCAAGCACCUCCACCCCAUGUACAGCAACAACAAUUAAUGGCUCAAAGAAAUGGACAAAGGCCGUUAACACCACAAGGACCAAGUGAUAAUUCUGGUAACCCAGCCGGCACUGGACUUCCACCUCCACCCCCACCUCCUCCUCAAGGACAGUAUAAGAUGAUGACACCCCAUGGCUAUUAUGAUCAAAAUGGCUCUCUAAUAAUGGGUAGUUCAGCUGGAACUGCACGAGGUAUGAACACAAUAAUGCGUCUUCUACCUCAAAUGAUGAUCAGUCCAGCUCAUAAUCAAGGCCCAAAUAGUAAUAUGAGGAUGAUGCCAGGUCAAGGUCAGACCGGUAUUGGUAAUCAUUCCGGUCCAAGCCAACUUUUUUCAUCUAGCACCUCUAAUGUUAAUAAUAAUCCAUUGUAUACAUCAGAAACUAAUUCAGGCCUAGGAUAUCCAGACAAUUCGUUAGUGUCAUCUUCUAAUCUUGCUAAUGGUAAUCAUUCUUUUGGUUACAAUCCAAACCUUUCACAUAAUAUUGGGAACGGUGGCUAUGGAAAUAGUGCUCUAGGGCCUAUUGGAGCCUCUCUUGCGUCUGGUAUCAAUUUGGGGAACAGUUCACCUAGACGAGAAUCAUUUGAGAGUAGACGUCCUGACAAUUCUAUCAGUGGUGGUAUUUUCUCGACAAGCUUGGAUGGCAAUCAGUUUUCACGACAUCUAAGCAGUAAAAAUGGUCAAUUUUAUGGUCACUUUGGCAAUACUAUUGGAGCAUCACCUGGACCCGGGCCAAUAGGCCUUUUACCACCCAAUCAAAGUUUAACGCCAUCACCAACCAUGAAUGGAUCGAAUGGUGAUCUUAAUUUAGGUGCCCUAGGUGCGAACAGGAUGGUAUCAGCUGCUCCAGGAGCUGAAGCUAAAUAUCUAGUAAGAAAUGGACCAAUGAAUGGCAGUGUAUUCGGUUCAUCUAAUUCAGUUGGAUUCCCUAAUAGACUUCUUCAGAGAAAUUCCUCUAUGGACAAGUCGACCGGGCGUAGCCGCCUGCUUGAAGAUUUCCGAAACAAUAGAUAUCCAAACCUUCAAUUACGAGAUCUUACGGAUCACAUUGUCGAGUUUUCUCAAGAUCAACAUGGUUCGCGCUUUAUUCAACAAAAAUUAGAAAGAACUACAGCUGCUGACAAGCAACUCGUUUUCAAAGAAAUCAUCGCUCAUGCUUACAAUUUAAUGACUGAUGUGUUUGGGAAUUAUGUUAUUCAGAAAUUCUUCGAGUUUGGCACACCAGAACAGAAACAAGCACUAGCUAUGAAAGUGAAAGGUCAUGUUUUACCCCUUGCUCUCCAGAUGUAUGGUUGUCGUGUUAUUCAAAAAGCUCUUGAAUCAAUAUCUCCAGAGCAGCAAAAAGAAAUUGUUAAGGAGCUUGAUGGACAUGUAUUGAAAUGUGUAAAGGAUCAAAAUGGUAAUCAUGUUGUCCAAAAGUGUAUAGAAUGUGUGGAUCCUCAUGCUCUUCAAUUCAUUAUCGGAGCUUUUCAGGGACAGGUAUUUUCAUUGUCAACCCACCCAUAUGGAUGCAGAGUUAUCCAAAGAAUACUGGAACACUGUACGCCUGAGCAAACUGCCCCUAUCUUAGAAGAACUGCAUCAACAUACCGAGCAAUUAGUUCAAGACCAGUAUGGUAACUAUGUGGUUCAGCAUGUUUUAGAACAUGGAAGACCAGAGGAUAAGAGUAGGAUUAUCGCUAACGUACGAGGAAAAGUAUUAAGCCUCUCGAUGCAUAAAUUUGCCAGCAAUGUUGUGGAAAAAUGUGUCACUCAUGCCAAUAGGAGUGAGAGAGCUUUACUUAUCGAAGAAGUUUGCUCUUAUAAUGACAGUGCCUUAUACACUAUGAUGAAAGACCAGUUUGCAAAUUAUGUUGUGCAAAAGAUGAUUGAAGUAGCUGAACAACCUCAACGUAAAGCUCUUCUCAACAGGAUCCGCCCUCAUCUAGCGGCUCUUCGAAAAUACACGUAUGGGAAACACAUUCUCGCCAAAUUGGAAAAGUUUAUGCCCAAAAAUAGUGAUCUUGGGCCAAUUGGUGCACCCUCUAAUGGAACAAUCCAAUAAGGAAAAAAGUGCACAUUAUCGCAACAAACAUAAACAAACAACUGAGGCUAAUUUGACAACGUAUGUGUUUGUUACGUUAUUUUGUUGCAUUUUCUUUGAAAAGCAAAACCCCAACUCGACUCGGCAAAAAAUAUGAUUAAGCCAUUGAAAGCUAACUGUAUCAAUCUUUUUAUACCUUAUAUCAUCCUGAAAAUCAUUAACUUUUGGGUGAGAAUAAUUAAGGAAUAUAUAAAUAUUUAUAAAUAUAUACAUAUGCAUAUAAGCUUUUCCCCUCCCGAACUUCCCUCUGUUAUACUGUCAAUACAAUUGAUCCUGACUGAUGUAAUAGACCAUUCCAGGUCAAUUACUCUGUUGAGGAUAAAUUUUAUUUGACAGGGACAAACGCAUGCUUAGCCUUGUCCAUUGCUCUAUGUAAUCAUUUGAAGUGUAAACCAUCAAUGAAUGUAAUAAUGAAUCUAAUUGUGUUUUAUGAGACUAAACAGUAUAUAUUAUAUAUUAUAUUAUAUUAUAUUAUAUUGUUCCAAAAGUAUAAUAACAUGAUUAUUAUUAUAAUUAAUUAAUUAAUUAAGGUCGGAAAGAUUUUCUUCAAAUGAUUUUUGGUUUUUUUGUUCAUCUUUUUCCCCUUUUUUCUUAAAAUGUUCAAGGUAUUAUAAUAUCUGUAAAACGCUUGAAACUCUUAAUUUCCAUUUCUUUUUUUCUUUUGUUCAUUUUUUCCCUCUAAUAUUUCAAUGGCCUGAAAAAUACACCCCUUGAUUAUACAUAAUAUUAUAUAAAAACGAAACCAUGAUAAUCCCUUUCCAUCCCCAAUUAAAUAUAAAUAUGUAUCUCUCACAAUUCACAAAAUGAAAAAAACCACAACGGGAAGCGGGGAAAUCUCACAACACAUAACGCAUUACAUAUAUAAACAUACAUGCACUUUUCUAAUUGUUCGAACGCUUGUAUAUGUUGUAAAGUCGAUCACAGACUGUAAUAAGGUUGUAGAACUACACUUGGAAAUUAAUUAAUUAAUUAAUUGAAAAACAAAAAUCUGUAAUAUGUAUCCAAUUAAAUGUACGAAAAAUCUAAA